GUAGACAAUCCUCUCCUUAUAAAAUCGAGAGAGGCACCACAUGAUAAUGCUGCCCUACAAGAAGUCAGCCUUUUCAAACAUCAAAAGACACAUCCUCUCAACACACAAGCAACAGCAGCAGCUACCACUGCCACCAUGCACGGCGGCGCCACCUCAGCACCACCCCCAACACCCUCCAACAACCUCUUGUCCACCUCAGAUGCCGCGACAGCAGAUGCCCUCUCGAGGCUCCUCCACCGUCUUCCUCCUACUCUCUCGUCCCUUCCCACACGCCGCUCACCUCCCAAGACGUGUCCACAAUCGAUCUCUUUCUCCGACGUCCAAGCCAACCCGACCCUCCUCUCCUGCGCUUCCCAACUCGGGUUCUUCCAGCUCACCAACCACCCUAUCCCAUCCCAACUCGCCAACUAGGCAGAGUCGGAAGCGCUCUCUCUGUUCGACCUUCCUACACCUCAAAAACAAACAUCCGUCCCCAAGAGCUGGCCUUUAGGAUUUGAAGACGACGACGAGGAUAACGGAGACGGACUCGGUCAGUCGUUCUGUUUGGACUCGUCGUGUUCCACCGAGUCGACCGAGUUGUCCUUAACUUCUUUGCGCGAGUUCACUCGUGCUUUGGAGAAAGUGGGGCUGGAGGUCAUCGAGCUGCUUUGUAGCUCAUUAGGGUUUCAGAACCCACUAGGGAAAGAUGACCCGACCCGGUUUUCUACCAUGAUGUGGAUCUCUGAGGGCUUACCAGAUAAGAAGUCGCAGACGGCGGGUCGGUUUUACCCGUAUGUAGUCGGGUUACAGUACCAAAUCCGAAGUAGUCAGACGUACUCCUUGCUGGCGGAUUCCGGUUGGCUCUCGGUGUUACCGCAGGUGGAUUCAAUCAUGGUUACCAUUGGUGACAUUGCUCAAGUAUGGAGUAAUGGGAAGUUGAAGAAAGUGAGAGGAAGGCCAGUGGCAUGUUUGGGAAACGACUCCAAGCCAUCAGGUCGCUGCAUAUCAAUGUCGCUGUUGGUGACUCUUCCCAUGGACAGUACAUUGUCUCCUCUUCUUCAAAUUGCAGCCAUUGAUGGAAAUGACAGAGAUGAUGAUUGAUAUGCAGGAUAUCAAAUCGACGGUAGAUGUGGGGGUGGCGAAAGAGAAGCAGGAAGGUUCUUUAAGUCAUUUUGUCUCGAAGACUAUGCUUGGAGAGUGUAUCAUGAACGCCUAUUUUUCAAAGAUCCACUGGACAGAUAUCGUAUCAAGAAACAAUUUUAAUUUAAUUUCAUAGCUAGAAAUGCAGCAUGUUGUUGUUUUUUGUUUUUUAUUUCUGGGAUAAACUCAGCUGUUUUUCAUUUGGUAACUCAUUGAAGCUUAAAUCUAUAUCUUUUAAAUUAGA